CUCUGGACAGUUCGCUCGGUUCAAUUCAAGCAACCACAUAAAAUAAUACUCACUAUGGCCGAUCGUCGUCGUACCAAUGCGCCAAUUGGCGGCACUUCUGCACCCAUAUUCGUUCCCACUCAAGAAUCAACCUCAUCACAGCGACCAGUUCGCCAACGAUCCUCUUCUACGUCUCGUAAAAUCUUCCUACAGACUGGUCUUGUGCCCUCGGCCUCUGGAUCAGCUUAUCUCGAACUUCACCCUUCAACCGACGCCCCGAGAACGACGCUCGUAGCUCAGAGUGGUACUCUCAAACUUACCUGCACUGUUCACGGCCCGCGACCGCUUCCUCGAACCGCGCCUUUCAGCCCGAACCUCCUUCUCAGCACACACGUCAAAUUCGCUCCGUUCGCAAGUCGCCAAAGAAGAGGCUACCUGCGCGAUACUGCCGAAAGAGAUUUGGGAUUGCACCUGGAGACAGCACUAAGGGGUGUGGUGAUUGGAGAGCGCUGGCCCAAAUCUGCCGCCGAGGUCGUCAUUACUGUUCUGGAGAGCGAGGAAGACGAUUGGUGGCGUGAUGAUGAUGCCAGCAAGAAGAACAUUGGAGGUGUAGGCUUGAUGAAUGUCCUGGCUGGUUGCGUCACUGCUGCAAGUGCUGCUCUUGUGGAUGCUGGGAUCGACUGUGUCGACCUUGUCUCAGGCGGUGUUGCCGCCCUGGCUGGCGAAGGAAAGGGACAGCUUGUCAUGGAUCCUUGCCCGAGCGAGCACAACGACUUGCGCGCAGCUGCCGUGGUCGCACACCUUCAGUCAAGAGAUGAGCUUACAGAGUUGUGGGUCAAGGGUGAUUCAGGCGAAGGCUUCGAGACGCUGGUCGAUCGCGCUGUGGGUGCUGCAGGUCAAUCUAGAAGUGUGCUUGCUGAAGCUGUCAGGGAGGCUGCUGAGAUCAAGACUAGUGCCCAGACGGUGGAAACCGGCAAGCAAGAGGUGGUCAAGGUUACCGAUGUCGAGAUGACUGGAUGAACCCGCGGGACACAUCAGGAAGAGACUGAAAAGACAUAAAGCCUGCUGACGUCGGACAGACUUGUAUCCAUGUCACUGCUCUUGAGGGCGCAGACAAGCUCAGCAAGUCAUGCGUACAGGCCAUGUUGCGCCACGGGCACUCGAAGCAGCAAGCUCAGGCAAGGGCCUUGCCGUUUGUAUCGCCAACCUUCAGUACAACAAGAAAGGUUUCACUUCGUCGAGCUAAGGAUGUACAGA